CAGAUUAGUUAAUUCAUAAUGUAUUUCAACAUUUACCAGCAAUGUCAGUACUAUUAAUAUGUUUUUGUACGCAAAUUAUAUUAUGCAGCAUUAAUGUGGCAAGGCUUUGGUUUUUGCAUUUCCCCAUUCACCGCUUUUGACAACUUCUAAAUAAAUUGCAGCAGUCAUCUCUUUCCUAUAACGGUCACAUAUAAAAUCAGCUGGUUUUAUUAAAGUUGCCGGACGAAAUAUGUGUUAAGAAUAUUAUUAAAAUAUAUAAUUUUCAUUACGAAAUAUAUGUAUACACAAUGAUGUAUUGGAAUUUGCACCAUAUGGAUAUUAUAAUAAAUUUUAUUCAGGUAUUUAAAUAAUAUUAGAAUAUCGUUUCUAAUAUAUAGAUGUUUAACAAAUAUAUUUGGCCAUCAAUACAGUUUUAAAAGUGCUUACACCAAAUCACCCUGUUACUGUAAUUGUGUCAAAAAUGACAUAUUCUAAAAAUUCCCUCGUUUAGAUUACUCCGUUUUGUUGUCAAAUUAAGCAAACCGUAUUACUUUAUAAUAAAUUUUCUGUAAUAUUACAAAUUGUAACUUAAAAAAGUUUGUAGUUAAUAUCUCCAUGAGUUUCCAAACACCAACAACAACCACAGCCGCGAGCACUGGUUUCUCGUUUGGACUGGGAACUGCAGCUGGAGCGGCGAAGCCGGCAUCUUUUUCGUUUGGGGCCACUGGUGGCGGAGACGCGGGUGCCGUAAAACCUCUGUCAUUUGGCGCACCAGCUCCCACCGCAACCUCUAUGGCUGCCCCCGCUGCGGUAGGAUUUGGAGGCGGUUUUCUAGGAGCUGCUACUACGACUACUGGAACACCCGGCGCUUUAUCUGUAGCUACAACUGCAACCACAGGCUUCUCUUUUGGUGCACCAACAGUUAGCUCAGCAGCCGUUGCACCCUCGACUGCUGCACCUGCAACAACUGCGCCGGCGGGUUUUGGAUUCGGUGCUGCCCAACCCGCCGCCGCAACCACUGCUUCAACAAGUUUCGGCUUUGGCGGUACAGCAUCGGCAGGUACAACUACAGCAAUCGGAACUACUACCACAUCUGUAGCUGCAGCGCCAGCUUUCUCAUUGACAUCAGCUAAACCUACCACGACUGCAUUGCCAACUCUUGGCACAUUAAGCACCUCAACAGCUCCGGCCACAGGUGGUUUUGCAAAUUUGAGUACUGCAACGAAAACAACAGAAUCAACAGCUGUAACAAAUGCUUCACACCUAACAUAUAACCAAUUGGAAGAGCACAUUAAUAAAUGGACAUUAGAGUUAGAGGAACAAGAAAAAGUGUUUGCGGACCAGGCGACACAAAUUAAUGCGUGGGAUAAAAUUCUUAUUAGUAAUAAUCAUAAAAUACUUGAGUUAAAUGAUGCUGUACAAAAGGUGAAAUCAGAUCAGCAAACAUUGGAACAGGAAUUGGAAUUUAUAGCAACGCAACACAAAGAACUUGAGGAAAGUAUUGUACCACUACAGAAGGAAUUUCUUAAAUUGCCGCAGGUUGAUGUGGAGCGAAGUCAAACUUACCUCUUGGUUGAGAAUUUAGACACCCAAUUAAAACAAAUGUCGGAGGAUUUGAAAGAAAUCAUCGAUAACCUCAAUGACGCGAAUAAAGGUCAAGAUAGUACAGAUCCAAUUAUACAAAUUGGUAAAAUAUUAAAUGCCCACAUGAGCUCGCUACAAUGGAUAGAGUCAUCUACAACAAAUAUUUCUACCAAGCUCGAUGAUAUAACGAAGAUGCACGAAUCGUUUAAGCGCGAAUCAGAACGUUCCUUCCGAUCAGCUUACUACAAUUGAUUGAUGUUUUUAAAGUAUAUUUCUCAAUAAACAUACAUUUUUGUUAAAAUGCAGUUUUCUAUAAAAUA